AUGGUUACAACUUUUGAAGACGUUACGGAAAGACCUACCAUCACAACACCACAUCAUGUUACCAGUGAUGAGGUCUUUAAAACAGUGGAGAGUCUAGACCUUGAAAAAGUAAAAGCUUUGGUAGAUAAACAUUUAGAUAAUUUAAAUUUGUAUUUCUCUUCUCACGAUGCAGCAAGUAUCAGUGAUGAAGACUUGUUUGACGAUCAGGAAUAUCUAGCUCACGAUUUAUUCAAUAUCAUUGAUGAUGAAUACAACACUCCACUUCAUAAAGCUAUUUUAAUGGAUGUAGACACAAAAGAGAAGGAUCAAAUUAGAUAUCAAAUUGUAGAAGAUAUUGUUGUGCGAGGAAAAGCGAGAUGUGAUGUUGUGAAUAACGAAGGACUGACACCAUUAUUGGUUGCAGUCAAAAAAAACAAGCCAAAGAUUGUGUCACUUUUAAUUAAGGCAGGAAAACACUGUUCAGUGAAUGAUAAAUGCCAAGUCGCUCCUUAUAUUGGUUACACAGCCUUGCAUUCAUGCUGUACAUGGUCUUUAAUUGAGGCUACCAAAUCAGAAGAUCCAAACGAAGACACUACAGUCAAAACAGCACGUGAUAUUGAAUCAUUAGCUCGUUUGUUAAUCUCUUUGGGAGCAGAUGUAAAUUCAAAGAAUUCAGAAGGAGAAACACCUCUGCAUACUUGCGCAAGAAAUGGAACUCUUGGAGUGGCUCGAUUGCUUAUUUCUGAAGGUGCUGACGUAAAUGCUAUUAAUAAGCACAAAGUAACUCCUCUCAUGAUAGCAGCUACAUUGGGCAACUUGGCCGUCGUAGAGUUAUUACUUGAUACAGAUCUCCAAGAAGAAGGAAACGUUGGAUUGAAAAACAACCCUGUGAAAGUAGAUUUAAAGGAUCAAAUGGGUGAUACUGCUUUGCAUUUUGCUUUUCAAAGUCAAUUACAGAGAGUAUUUGCUAAUGGAAUUGAAGUGAGCCAAGAUCAUGAACGAAUUGCAUAUUUAUUGGUUCAUACUGGAAAAGCGAAUAUGGACAUUUAUUCGAAUGAUGAAUAUUUAGCAACUGAUUUCACAUCAGAUAACUUUAAACACAUUUUGAGAACUGUAUCUCAACAUGCUCAUUUAUUCCCAUCAAGCUUGGAUGCUUUAUUACAAAUGCCUGACGAAAUGUUGCAGUCUCAAUACAUGGAUCCAAAAGAGAGAAUUGCAUUUGCUAAAGCUGUUCAAGAAUACAAAAAGGAUCGACAGGAACUUGAAGAUGCUGAGAGUAAGAAAGGAGGGUGUCCAAUGGUUACAGGAAAUAGGCAACUCAUGAAAAAGAGAGCACAAAUGAAAUCUUCAACAACGAGUACCACCAAAACAGACAACACAACCACCACUUCUAAACUUCCACCAGGUCAUCCCACACAGGGAGGUGAUAUUUCAAAAUGUCCAUUUAUGAAAGGUAAACAAGCAAACGAUUCACAAGAUGCACAAGAAACCAAAGAAAUAACAGGGGAAGUAUCGGAAAAGCCAAAAGGGAAAUGCCCAAUUCCUUACCACAAUGAGUUGAUGAUGAUUUUCAAUUCUCGAAAUUUGGUUUACUUGCUUGUUCUUGUAGUUUGUGUUGUUUUGCUGGCGUUCCCAACUACCACUUCGCUGGUGUAA